AUGAAGGGAAUCCGUUUGCUGCUUGACACGUGUGUCGUUUGCUCUUUCCUUUUUAAAAAUGUCCCGAAAUACCAGUCAUCGUCCCACCACAACACCGAGGCAUCCAGCAUCAGACCAUUGGUAUUUUCAACACGAAGACUGUACACAUCGAGAAUGGCUGCCCUCGUCAAGAACGCCGCGGGAAUGGUAGCCCGCAAUCCCGGGACUGCCGCCGUCGCUGGGGUUGUUACUGUCGGUGCAGUUGCGCUUGCUGCUCCGCUUGCGAUUGCUGCGCCGGUUCUGGCUGCUGUUGGGUUUACUGCUGAGGGCGUUGCUGCUACUUCCAUCGCCGCCGGGAUCCAAGCUGGCAUCGGAAACGUCGUCGGAGGUAGCGUGUUCGCCAUUUGCCAGAGCGCUGCUGCUGGAGGAGCUGGAGCGGCGGCUGUUGCGACUGGUACACAGGUUGUUGGGGGGGUUGCUGCUGCGGGGGCUGCGUUGGGCAAGUUCCUCUGGGGAAGGGGGCGAGAGAGAGAAUGA